AUGGAUAUGCUCAAGGGGCUUAACAAUAGUAAAGAAAUAAUCUAUCAAAGAGACCUCGCAAUAACAUCCAAUCACAUGCCCUACCUAUUCACUCCCGCUUUCAUAACUUUCAAUUAUUUGACUAUCCUCAAUGCAAAUUGGGUCUACAGCAAUCAAUUCAUAUUCAUCCACUCCCGCCGCGAAAGGAUUAUGGUCAAACCAAAGCAUCACGUUUGGAAACAUUUUCAAGAAGUACGCGAUGGUAAAUCAGUUAAAGCGGUGUGCAAGUUUUGCAAGAUGUCCUAUAUCACCCACGUUGAUAGAAUGGUCAAACAUUUAUUAAGCAGCUGUACUAUGUGCCCUGUUAUAAUUAAGGAAAAAUUUUAUUCAAAUUCCAAAAUAUCAACCUCUACAAAAAAUAUCACAAAUGUAAUUUGUAAUACUUCUAAGUCUAUCUCUAAUGAAGAAUUGGGUGAAAUUAGUGAGAAUGAUUAUCAAAUGAACAAUAUUUUGUCUUGUGACUCAGGAGAAUUUGAUUCCCUUAUUUCUAAUCAAUCUACAAGCAAGGCGAUUAAAUAUAAAUCUCAAUCUUGUAUAACCGGUUUCAUAGAUAGAAUUAAUCCCAAAGAAAAAAAUGAGCUGGAUCAAUUGUUUGCAAAGGCUGUAUAUGCGAGCAAUUUACUUUUCCACAUCACUGAAAAUCCCUACAUCCAAGAAUUUUUUAAAAAAAUACGUCCUAUUUACACAUUACCCAGGAGAAGGCAGCUGGCUGGAUAUCUUCUAGACAAAGCGUCAGGUGAUAUGGAGGUGAGAGUUGCAGAUAUAAUAGAUAAAGCUCCUUACUUAUCAAUUGUAUCAGAUGGCUGGAGCAACAUUAGAAACGAGAGUAUUAUUAAUUUUAUGGUGAUGACGCCUGUUCCAGUGUUCUACAAAUUUCUAAAUACUGAGGAAAAUCGCCAUACGGCAGAUUAUAUUGCCCAGGAAUUUCAAAAUGUAAUUCAUGAAUUGAAUCCGGUAAAAGUAUAUUCUUUAGUUACUGAUAAUGCCGCUAACAUGAAAGCAGCCUGGAGAAUUCUAAAAUCUGAAUCUAUUUAUAAUCAUAUACAAUGUUAUGGUUGUGCAGCGCAUACAUUGCAGUUAUUCUUUCACGAUUUUAAACGAUUGGACGUCUUCAGUGACCAUAUUUCAAUAAUUAAAAAAAUUGUUAAAUUUUUCAAGAAUAAACACAUACCAGCUGCAGUAUUUUCCCGUAAUAAGAAUCUUCAUGGCAUACCAUCUACAUUAAGUACAAAGCCAAACAAGAUGGGCAUCGUCAAUAAAAUGUAUGGAGCAAAUUCAAAUAUGCAAGAAAGCUCUAAAAGCAUCACUAUACUCCAACCUUUAGCUACCUCAUUGUUGAAAGUGCAAGGGGAUAAAUGUACUUUGACCCAAGUAAAAAACGAGAUGCUUAAUUUGGAAAAACACAUAAUACAAUCAUGCCAUGAUUCUAUAUUUUCUCCAUCUCAAGAAAAAAAAAUUAAGGUUAUGUUUGAAAAGAGAAAAACUGAUAUAAAUACAUGUGCUCACAAUGCUGCUUAUUUAUUGGACCCCCGAUAUCAAGGGGAGCAUCUUACUAAUACUGAAUUUGAUGAAGCAUGUAAUAUAAUACAAGAAUUGGAAGAUAGCCAUAAUAUGUGGAAAGUUGUAACUUCCAUAAGAAACAAUCAAAUUUCGGCCUCAAGUUGGUGGAAUGCAUUUUGCCCACCUUGCCCAUUAAGAGAAGUCGCUAAUAUUUUACUAACAUUUCCUAGUUCGACUUCUUCUUCUGAAAGAAAUUGGUCGGUUUGGGGCAAUAUUCACACGAAAAACAGAAAUAGAUUAAAGGCUUCUACAGCAGGAAAAUUAGUAAUAGUGUAUUAUAAUUUAAGAUUGAUUAAAAAUAUUAAAGAAAAUAAUGAUAUUGAAUAUGAAUCGGAACAAGACUCUGCCACGGAGGGUGAAACAUUGACUAUAGAAUGA